GCGCCACAUUUAUGCAAUUCAUUUGAAAAAUUAUAAAAUCUUAUUUAUGCAUAAUACUUUUUGGAUCUUUGAUUAUCUAUGAUUUACUUUUUUUUUUUAUUUCUUUUUUCGUUCGUUUAUUACACUUGUUAUUUUAAUAUAGUUAAUAUUGUUGGAGUUUUUUUUCCGAAAUUUUUUCGUAAAGAGAGUAACCUUCCUUUUUUAGAUCUUUUAAUCAAUUUUCUUUAUUUUAUCAUUCAUUAUAAAAUUCAGAAUUUUUUUUAAUAGUUUGAUGAACAAUUAUUAUUUUUUCUAUUGUAUAUUUAAGAACU